AUGAUGGAACAAAAGGAGCGUUCGCCUUCGCCUGAUACAUCUACCAGACCUACUAUAGAAGCACCAACACAGACACCGAAAGACGAAAAGAAAGAUGAUGGCGAUGGGUCGUUCAAAUAUUACUUGCUCGCUGACCUCGACAAGCGCGUCUUCAAGUACAAUGACUCCAAGGGAUGGGUCAUCAACUCCUUUGCCUUCCUCUGCAUGAUCGCCUCGGGCACCACUCUCCCAUUGAUGGAUGUCGUUUUCGGCUCCUAUGUCAAUGCCUUCAACCACUUUGUCGCCGGCACCUUGUCGCCCGCCGGCUACCGCAAGGAGGUGGCGCACUAUGCCCUUUUUUUCAUAUAUCUCUUUAUCGCCAAAUUCAUCUUGACUUAUAUAUGGACAGUCGCCGUCUCCUUCACCUCCAUUCGCGUCGUCAAAAAGAUGCGCGUCGACUUUGUCCGCCAGACUCUCCGCCAGGAGAUUCCCUUCUUCGACGCUCCCUCCAGCUCCAUCUCCAGCCAAAUAUUUACCAACGGCAACCUUAUCACCAAUGGCAUCGCUGAGAAGCUCGGCAUCACCAUCCAGGCCAUAUCCACCUUUGUCGCCGCCUUUGUCGUCGCUUUCGUCGUUCAGUGGAAGCUGACCUUGAUCGUCAUUUCCAUUGUUCCCGUCAAUAUUAUCGUUACCGUUGUAUGUGUCACCUUUGACAUGAUAUGCGAGUACAAAAUGUUUGAAAUCUACAGCAAGUCGGGCACCAUUGCCGAAGAGGCCUUUGCCACCAUUCGCACCGCCCACGCCUUUUGGGCCUUUCCUAAACUGUCCCGCCGCUUCACCAACAUCCUCGAAGAGGCCCGCCUUGCUGGCAAAAACAAGUGUUUGAUUUAUGCUAUUCUCUUUUCUUUUGAAUUCUUUUGCAUUUUCGCCGGCUACGGCCUGGCCUUUUGGCAGGGCAUGCGCAUGUAUGCCAGCGGCGAGAUUGCCCAGCCUGGUACAGUUGUAACUGUCAUUUUUGCUGUUCUUGUCGCCGCUCAGGCUCUCACGCAGAUUGCCCCCCAAACUGUGGCCAUCUCCAAAGCAGCCGCCGCUGCCCACGACAUGUUUGCCGUCAUCGAUCGCAAGUCAGCCGUAGACUCGCUUUCCACGGCAGGCAAGACUAUUCCUAACUUUCAGGGCAAUAUCAAAGUCUCCAACAUUGACUUUUCCUACCCUUCUCGCCCUGACGUGCCCAUCCUCCAAAACUUUAGCAUUGAGAUUCCCGCAAACAAGACGACCGCCUUUGUCGGCGCCAGCGGCUCCGGGAAGAGUACCCUGUUUGGUCUGCUGGAGCGCUGGUACUCGAGCUCCGCGGGUGAAAUCACGCUUGACGGCCACGACCUGACAGACCUCAAUCUACAAUGGCUGCGCACCAGCAUGCGUCUCGUACAGCAGGAGCCCACCCUCUUCACCGGCAGCAUCUACCAAAAUGUCGUCGAUGGUCUCUCUGGCACCGCCAUGGUGGACCUACCAGACGACGAAAAGCGGCGUCUGGUACAGGAAGCAUGCGAAUCCUCUUAUGCUCACGACUUCAUCUCCGAGCUGCCCAACGGCUAUGACACCAUGAUCGGCGAGCGUGGUGCAUCUUUGUCUGGCGGUCAGAAGCAGAGAAUUGUCAUUGCGCGCAGCAUUAUUUCGAACCCUAAAAUCCUUCUCCUCGACGAAGCUACCAGUGCUUUGGAUCCUAAUGCCGAGAAGAUUGUUCAGACGGCUUUGAACAAUGUCGCCAAGGGACGAACAAUGAUUGCCAUUGCCCAUCGCCUCUCCACCAUACGCACCGCCGACAAAAUCAUCGUCAUGUCCAAGGGCCAGGUUCUCGAGACUGGCACCCACUCUGAGCUCAUCAAAAUGAAUGGCAAGUACGCAGCGCUGGUCCGUGCUCAAGAUCUUGGUGACGGCGAUGCCUCGGCCGACGACGACGACGCUGGAGAGGUCAAGCCGGGUGAGAUACUUGAACUUUCGGCCUCACGUGCAUCAGCUGGUGUGCAGAGCGUCCAAAUUGAGGACGAACAGGAGCAAGUCUACAGCUUGCUCACGGGACUCUGGAUCAUCAUCCGGGAGCAGCCCGGCCUGUGGUGGUACUUGUUUUUUGUCGCGCUCUGUGGCAUAGCCGGUGGCGGCACGUAUCCCGUCAUCGCUUUUCUGUUUGCACAGACCAUGGAUGCCUUCAACACCACUAACGUCUCCGAGGCCAACUUUUAUGCCCUCAUGUUCUUCGUUGUCGCUCUCGCUAAUCUCGUCGCAUAUGGCGUUUCAGGAUGGCUCAUCAAUCUUAUUGGAGAGCAAAUCAUGAAGUUCUAUCGCGCUGAGAUCUUCGACAACACCCUUCGUCAAGACAUGACUUUUUUCGACAAGCCCGAGAAUAACACUGGUGCUCUUGUAUCCCGCGUGGCAUCCGAGCCGACCAGUUUGCAAGAGCUGUUGUCCAUCAAUUGUGUCCUCAUCCUCAUUACCCUUGUUAAUGUACUCUCCAGCGUCAUUCUAGCCCUGUGCUACGGGUGGAAGCUUAGUCUAGUGCUUGCUUUGGGAGGACUUCCCGUAUUGAUCGCGUCGGGCUAUAUUCGCAUCCGUCUCGAGUUCAAAUUCGAGUCUGACACGGCGGACCGCUUCUCCAGCAGCAGCGGACUCGCCUCCGAAGCCGUCAUGGGUAUUCGCACUGUGUCCUCGCUCGCCCUCGAGCAGGCCAUCAUCACACGCUACCACGACUCGCUGCAGCACAUUGCCGCUGAUGCCAUUUCCGGUUUGGGCUGGAAAAUGUUUUUCUACGCGCUCAGUCAGUCUGUAUCUCUCCUCGUCAUGUGUCUCGGCUUUUGGUACGGUGGCCAGCUCGUCUCCACCGGCGAGUACACCGCGGCGCAAUUCUACGUCAUCUUCAUCGCCAUCAUCUUCUCCGGCGAGGCGGCCGCGGUCUUUUUCCAGUACACCACAAGUAUCACCAAGGCCGGCACCGCCAUCAACUACAUUCUACGCCUCCGCCGCACACGCGCCCUCUACGACAGCGACAUUGAAUCGGACUCGAGCGAUGCAGAAAAGUUGAGCGAGCCCCUCAAGGGGAAGGAUGUUGCCUGCGAAGACAUCCACUUUGCUUAUCCUCUGCGCCCCAGCCUCAAGGUCCUCCGCGGUAUCGACAUUGGCAUUCAGCCGGGCAGCAUGGUGGCUUUUGUCGGCGCCUCGGGCUGCGGCAAGUCGACUAUGAUUGCGCUCCUUCAGCGCUUCUACGACCCGACCUCUGGUAUGCUGCGCGUGGAUGGCCUCGACGCCCGGCAGUACGACCGCGCGCGCUACCGCCGCGACAUUGCGCUCGUGCAGCAGGAGCCCGUGCUCUACCAAGGGUCCAUCCGCGAUAAUAUCUCUCUCGGCGUCGAGUACGGCGAGCCGUCGGAGGAUGAGGUUAUCUCGGCGUGCCAGCAGGCCAACGUCUGGGACUUUGUCGCCUCGCUGCCCGACGGCCUCGGCACCACGUGCGGUAGCCAGGGCCUGUCGCUUUCGGGCGGCCAGCGCCAGCGCAUCGCCAUUGCGCGCGCGCUCAUCCGCAAGCCGCGGCUGCUUCUCCUAGAUGAGGCCACCUCGGCGCUCGAUACCGAGUCUGAAAAAGUUGUGAAGGAGGCGCUGGAUCGGGCUGCGGCGGGUCGCACGACGAUUGCGGUCGCGCAUCGGCUCAGCACGAUUCGCGACGCAGAUACGAUUGUGGUGUUUGGCAAGGGGCGGAUAGUCGAGCGUGGGACGCAUGAGGAGCUGAUUGCGCGAAAAGGCGUGUAUUAUGAAAUGGUUCUUGGACAGUCGCUCGAUCGCGAGGCGUAG